AUGGGCCAGAAACAUCAAGGGUAUGUUUCAAUAAGCACAAGUCAUAUUAACAGUGGUUCUUUAGUCUACGGGGUCAUUAACUUGAGAGCUGCUGCUGCUCGAGCUGCUAUCUCUGUCAGACAAACAUAUGCUAGGAAAAGAAAGUGUCCAAGGAAGAUAGCUGCUGCACAAGAUACAGCUGAAGAAGACAACAGUGAUAAUUAUGAGAGAGAUGAAGCACAAGGGCAGCAAUCUGAAUCAAAAGUAGGAACGGAUGAGGAUGAAGAUUCUAGUGCACCUGCAACUAUAGCAGCAACUAGGGAGGGGCAUUUCAAUUGA